AUGUCUACUACAUUGACUUCAUCACUCGAUACACUACCUGUUGAACUUAUUCAUCGAAUUUUUAGUAGUCUUGAUGAACAGACAAUUAUUCUUUCACUUCGUUAUGUAUGCAAACGGCUUUAUACGAUUGCAAAUGUUUACGAUCGUUAUAAACUUAAUUUUGAAUCAAUAUUAAAAUCCAACUUUGAUCGUAUUUGCCGAUUUAUUCAACCAGAAAAUGUCAUUUCACUUACACUUUCUGAUGGACAUAUGACACCAGGACAAAUUCAAUUAUUUUUUUCAUUAUUUCGUAUUGAACAUUUUACACGAGUUUGUUCAUUAACACUUGUUGAUAUUGAAGAACAUUAUUUGAAACAAAUUCUUAAACAUAUUACUACUUGUACACUUAUUUCGUUAUCAAUUAAACAAAAAGAUACUUAUAAUCGUUCAAUAAAAACUAAUCGUCUUCUUUCGACAAUUCUUAAACAACCGAGUCUUCAAAAUCUGACAAUUAAUGUAAUAGAAGAUGGUACUGAUCAAUUAUGUUGGCCAAUACAAUGUACAAUACAACAUCUAACAUUAUUCGAUUGUUAUUCAAAUCAUUUUUCGAUUAUUUUUCAUCAUUUUCCUUGUCUACAAACAUUAUUUAUCGAUUUUUGUAAUUUAAUCGAUUAUGAUGAACCAAUUAUUAAAAUCUCUAAUCUUAUACCAAUGCAACAAUUAAUAUCACUUACUAUGGAAAAUGCUAGUUUAGAUAUGGAUAAAAUUGAAAUAAUUCUUUCGAAUACACCUUCAUUAACACAUCUUCGAUUGAUUGGUGAUGUAGAUCGAAUUGAUUUUGCAUGGGAACAAUUUAUUAAAACAAAAUUAUUAAUGUUAAAUAAAUUUGAAUUUGUUUUUAAUAAGAAAGUUGAUAUUGGUUAUCGUUCGAUCAAUAUUCGACGAUUGAUUGCUUCAUUUCAAACAGCAUUCUGGCUUGAAACCAAACAUUGGUUUGUUACAUGUGAUCUUAUUCGACAUGUACCACGUGAUUUUCGACAUCUAGAUGAUGAAAUACGACUUUAUUCAAUACCUUAUAUCGGUCGUCACUUUGAAUAUCAUCCGAAUUCGAAUAGAAUUACAUUUUCAACUGUGACUGAAAUGAAUAAUGAUAUAUCAAUGAUGGAUCAUGUACAUAGUGUUUAUUUAGAAACAAAAGAAAUAAUGGCUGCAAAUAAGAAAAAAAAGAAUACACCAUCUAUAACACGGCUAUUUCAUCAUGUAUCCGAUCUCGAUAUUCGAAUUGAUAGUACAUGGUCAAUUGAUUAUCUUCAUCUGAUCUCGACACUAAUCGAUUUGUCACAACUCAAAAAUCUCAAAUUGGUUGAUAAAUUUCAUCAAGAUUCUUCUCAAGUCAUUGCAACAAAUUUUUUAAACAUAUUAGAGCAAGCAUGCAAUGUUUGUUCACUCAUUAUUAUUAUUCCUUGGCUUGCUAGGACUAAUUCCAAGACCAUAGAUCAGUUAUGUUCUAUGAUUCCUAGUCAUAUUAAACAUCUGGAAAUUGAUGUUAGAUCAAUGAACGAUAUGAAAACUGUACUCGAACGACUUGAUCAUUUGUCAAGUGUUACAUUUCGAUUUUUUAAUGGUAAAUCUAAUUGGCAGGAAACAAUCAUCAAAUGGCUUUCGGAUCGAAGAGAUUUAACAUAUUGCAAACAAUCCUAUGAACUACACAUAUGGCUUGGCAUGAAAAAGACGAAUGUAUCACAGCAACAUAGAACUAGUCGUAAACGUAUUAAAUUAACUGAUCGUUAUACUGAUUCAUGA